AAGAGGCAGAAAGUUGUGGAACCGUGCUGGUGAGGAGCGGCUCUCUCUCGGACACAGUCACAGUGUAAAGGGAGAUCCCAGAUGUGCAUAUGGAGGCAGAGGCUGUGAUUGACUGGCAGCAUGAAAGCGUGGAGCUGCAGAGAGAGGUGUGCCGCCUUCAGGAGGAGCUGGCUGAGACCCGGGCCCACAAGGACCAGCUGGAGUCCAGAGCCAAGGCUCUGGGCCAGAGGUUGCUCCAGAGCAUGCCACUGUGCCCCCUGGAGGAGGAACACAGGGACUGCAAGAGGAAGAUAAGGGAGUGUCGGGAGAGAGAAGCGCGCCAGGCUCUGCACAUCCACCGACUGCAGAACAAGGUGAUGGAGUACAGAGACAGAGUCCAACAUCUGGAGGUUCAGCUCCAGCAGGAGCAGGCUCAGCUGGUCAGCACAGAGCAGAGGCUCCAAGUUCAGCACAGUCACUCUCUGGAGAGUGCCCUCAUCAGGCUGGAAGAGGAACAACAAAGGUCCCAGGCUUUGGCCCACACAAAUGCACUUUUACAAGAGGAACUUGGCCAAUCAGAGCAGAGCAAUGCCACACUGAGGGAGGAUCUAAAGAAGCUGAUGGCUGAUUGGUCCAGAGCUGUGAAUGAGGCGGAGCACCGGGAGGCUGAUUGGCAGAUGGAGAGGGAGAGCAGUGCAGUGGUCAGAACUCACCACCAAGGCAUGCUGCUGUCUGUGUGGAGGACUGUGGUCCAUCUCAAGCGUCAGUGGUACUCACUCAGGACGGCCUCUGACAGGGACCUGUGGCAGCUGAGAGCAGACUUGUCUCGACUGUCCACAUCAGUGCUGUCCUCCUGUAACUCACUCAGACUCAACCAGAGGUCCUCACUACCUGCUACUGUAUCCUUGUCUACUGUUCAUGCCCCUCCCCUCUCCUCUCCUCCUCUUUUAUCUCCUGCCCCUGUCCUCCCUCCCCGCUUCUCUCCUUCUCUUGUUCUCGCUCCCCCCGUUUUGUCCCCCCCUCCCCUGUCCUCCACGAUGAUGGCAGACUCCUGUCCCCCUACCCAUCCUCCGUCCCCUGUCGUGGUGUCCUCUGUCUCAUUGGGGACAUUCCAUUUGGAUGAGCUGAGCCCUGUUGAAGACUCACAGAUCCAGGAGAAUGCUGAGCCAGAGAAGCUGAAGGAGGAGCUGAGUCUGCCGGACCACAGGCAGGAGUGUGACGGACUGAGAGUGGCCCAGUCCAACCUGCAGGCUGUGAGCGCUGCGCUGCUCAGCCUGGCCCGCCUCCUGAGCUGUCCAUUACCUGCUGUCUCCCAUGAGGGUAUCCUCACCCAGGACCUGUCCUCUCUACUAGGGGUCAUCAGUCAGACAGAGGGCGCCCUUCAGAGGAACCAGCACCAACUGCAGGCUCUUGAGCAGCAUGUCCAUGGACUGGAAGAGGAAAGGAGCGCUCUGCAGAUGGAGCUCACACAAGGGGAGCAGGAGAGGAGCAGUCUGCAAAUGGAGCUUACACGGGGGGAGCAGGAGAGGAGCACUCUACAGAUGAAGCUUACACAGGGUGACCAGAAGAGGAGCGCUCUGCAAACGGAGCUCAUACAGGGGGAGCAGAAGAAGAGCACUCUGGAAGCUUCUCUCAGACAUGUGCAGAAAGAGCUCCGUGAGGCCCUGGACCACCUCCACAGGGAGCAGGAGGGCAGCACAGCCCUGCGCUUGGAGGUCCAGGAGCUCCAGAGGGACAGAGACAGGCUGAGGACAGAGAGGGAGGAAGAGGAGAGGAGGAGACAGGCCUUGGAGGAGCAAGCUGAGCGGAGGGUGGAACAGGAGCUUCUACAGAAGGUCCAGCUGACUGAGAGGGAGAGGCAGCAGAGACAGGACAUCCACAGCCUGACGGCGGCACUGCAGCAGGAGCAACUGGACAGACAGAGGGCUAAAGAAGAGGCUGCAGAUGCGCGAGACGCUCUGACAAAGAGCAGGGAGGUGGAGCUGCGUCUGUCCUCCUCAGAGACACUUCUGAAGAGAUGGCUGGAUGAGAAACAGGAUGCGCUGGACAAAAUGUCCACCCUCAACUCCGCCUUGGCCACAGACAAGAGGGACCUCCACCUGCAGCUCAGCCAGGUGGAGUUGGAGCUGUCCAACAGCCAAUCAAAGCUGCAGGCUCAGAGUUCAGAGGUCAACGCUCUGCAGAGAGAGCUGAAGGCUGUGGAAGAGCAGCGUGAUGAGCUCAGGUGUGAGUGGAAGGCUGGAGUGGAGCUCUUGGCCCAGCUCCAAGCACAGCAGGCCGACCUGGAGCUAAGGCUGGAGCAGAGGGAGCAGAGGCUGGGAGCACAGAAGGAGGAGCAGAAGGAGCAGAACCUGGGAGAACAACAGGAAGAGCAAACAAGGAGCCAGGGAGAGCAGCAAGAGGAGCAAAGGAGUCCGCAACCACGACAGGAGCAGCAGCAGCAGGAGCCGACAUCCCAGAAUGCCAUACUCAGAAGGGAGUUGCAGGAGGCCCAGGAACUGCUCCGGCUGAGGGGGGAGGAACUGAGAAGCACCCAGUGCUCUCUUGAGGAGUACCUCCGAGAGACCAAGAGGAUCCAGGAGGAGCAGGACAGUGAGAGGAGGCAGAGCCAGCACCUCCAGCAGGAGUUGUUUGAGCUCAGGUCUCUGUGUGUGUCCUUGAGGCAGCAGCUGAGCCAGUCGCAGAAGGACAUGCUGGAGUCCCAGGUGGGGUCCUCCCAGCUCCAGACCCACCUCCAGAGCCUUCAGGAGACCAAGAGCACACUGCAGGGAGAGAUUGGGUGUUUGAAGGCAGAGUUGGAGAGGGCUGAUAAAAAACACAAGAACAGUGAACAGGCAAAGGAGGAAACCCUCAGGCAACAGGCUGACGACAGGAGACAGGAGACCCAAGUGUUUCAGAAGAGGCUGGAGGAGCUGAUCCUGGAGCUGGGCACCAGAGAUGGAGAGGUGGAGGUGCUGAGGAGCCACCUAGACGCUCUGGAGAUGGAGAAACAGGCCAUGGGCUCAGAACUUCAGGAGACCCAUCACCAUCUGAACCAAAGCAUGGAGGAGCUUAUCGAAGCACGGCAACGAAUUCAGACUUUAGAAAAGAAAUGUGCAGAAGAUGAGGAGGCACAACGGGUCAGGGAGGAGGACGAGGAGAGGAAGAUGUUCCAGAAAAUUAUCAGAAUCGAGCAAGAAGAAGAGGGGAGCGAGGAACAACAACAAAAACUUCUCCAGCAAAAAGUAAAUGAGGACAAAGUUUUAGAACUGCAGAGGUUACAGAGAGAGUGUGCUAAAAUGAAAGAGCAUUUAGAUGCUGCAUUUGAAAGGAUCAAAACAACUGAGCAGGACAGAGCUGAACGGGAAAAUGAACUUUGUGAAAAAAUAAGGAGUCUGGAGGCACUACAGCGAGAACGAGAGCAGGAGCUGGACCAACUUCUGGAUCGGAUGGAAACACUUGAGAAGCAAAACCAGGAAAAGGCAGAAGAAAUUAAGAAGUUAUUCAAAGAACGCGACCACCUGGAGCACAGGGUCACAGCAACAUCUAACCUGCUCCAGAAGGUACGAGAAGAACACAGCAAGGAGCGAGAAGCAGCCAGGACUUCUCAAGUUGAGGAGGAAAGACGUCAAAAGGAGAAGAGAGAAGAGGAGCUAAAAAGUAAUCAAGACCAGCUUAAGCGACUAUUGGCGCAAGUCAAGAGUUUAGAAGAACUGAACAAGCAGCGAGAUCAUGAUCUGAUAAAUAAGAGGCAAGAGCAAAUGAAGGCUGCAGAAGAACUGCGACAAAAGGAAUCAGAACUGGAAUCAGCCAGACACCAAAAUGAGAUGUUAGAAGAGGACAAAUGGAAGGAAUAUAAGGCCGCACAGGAGAUGAGGGCGAAGCUACAAGAACGGAUACGAAAUGAGCAGGAGCUGGUGGAGAAACUAGAAGAAGUCAACCUGAAAAUGGAAAGAUUACAGAGUGAACACUAUGGCAUGGAGGAGAAGAUGGAAAGGAUGAUGAAGGAACGAGAGGAAGAGUCAGACAAGAAGGUUCAGAGGAUAGAAGAGGAGCAAGCACAGAGGGAGAGAGAGCUAGAGAUGCUAAGGGUGGAGAUGUGUGUCACGGAGGAACAGAAGGAACAGGUGGAGAAGGAGGUGAAGCGUCUGGAGAACAUCCUGGAAUGCCAAAUGAGUGCCAUCCGGAAGCACGAGGAGGAGGCGGAGCAGCACAGGGUGGAGUCAGCCAGGUGGGCAGAGCUACUGCAGAGGGAGGAGCUGCAGAGGCGAGAUCUUGAGGCAUCCAUCACAAAGAUGGAGGAGAAAGAGAAGUGCUUGCAGAUACGCCUGAGGGACGUGGAGAGGAAGAGUGAUGAUGUGAGCGCAGAUUUAGCCAAGCGCUCUCAGCAGCUCCAGAAGAGCAAAUCAGAGCUGAAGACUGCCUUGGACCAACAACACCACAUGUCUCAAAAACUGAAGGAACUUGAGGAACUGUGCUCAAGGCUGAAGGAGGAGACCAAGGACUCAGUGGAGCACAUGGAGCGAAGGGCAGAGGAGAACGUUCUCCGAUCCAAAGUGAGAGACCUAAGCCAGGAACAGUGGGAGGAGCAGCAGAGACAACACCAGCUGAGACAGGCAGACCAGGAGAGGAAGUGCAAGAGACUGGAGGAGCAGAGGAACAAGCAGAGGAACCUGGAGGAACGUCUGAAGGAGAGCGAGGCGGGAGAGGAGCGGAUGGAACGGGAUAGGAUGAGUUCUCAGCUGAGGGAGGUCAGAGAGCAGAUGGAGAAGGAGAGGGAUAGACAAAGGACACUUGAGGAGGAAUCCCAAGAUCUAAAAAGGAAGCUGGAGGAAACACAGCAGCACAUAAGCACUCUGAAAGAGGAACUGGGCCAGGAAGUACAGCGAAGAGAGGGGGCGGAGCAGGAAGUGAAACAACUGAAACUCAAACUUGAGUCUCAGGAGUCUGAGCUACAGCAGAUGAAGUGGGUGAAGAAGGGACUGCACUCCGGCCUAGAGGAGCUCUCUGAGCUCAAAGAGCUCCUGCAGGAGAGCCAUGAUGAAGAGGCACGCCUCAAGAGCGCCCUCAGCCAGCGAAGUGAGGAACUGCAGAGACCCAUGUCCCAGAGACAUCCAGAGGAAUGGGGACAGGACCAGAGGGACAGGGGACAGGAGGAGCAGGACAGGGAACAGGAGCUGUGGAAAAGUGAACAAGAGGGGCUGAGGGCCCAGCUCCACAUCCUGAUGAUCCAGAGGACAGACCUCCUGGAGCAGAUGGAAGAGCUGAGAGAGUCCCGGGACCAGGAGGUGGUGCUGCAGAGGGCCCGACUGGAGCAGAUGGAGGCAGAGCUGGAGACACUCAGGGGCCUGCAGGAAGGCUCUCAGGGACAGCUUGAGACGGGCUCAGCGGAGAGACUGCUCACCUUGCAGCGGGUAGUGGCUGAACUGGAGCUGGAGCAGAAACGCCUAGUCCAGAAGAUCGGCCGUCUGCAGAAAGACAACCAGAGACUUAGGGAGGAGAGGAGCGCGCUGAGAGAGGCCUUGGGACAGGUGGAGCUGCGGUGGUCCAGGACACACAUCUCAGGCCAGACACCCCAGAGCCAGCAGGGACUCCCCACAGAGGAGGAGCGGCUCAGGGGCCGGGUCAGGAGUCUGGAGGAACAGAAGGCCCACUUCAUCGAAGCCUUGUCCAGGAACAACCAGCAGCUGCAGUCCUUACAUGGAGACCUUAGCACAUCUCUGACUGUAGUGUCCCGCCGGACCACGCCCACUGUCCUCCACUUGGAGACACAGCGAUUGGACCAGAGCCUCAGGGAUGAGGAGCGUCUCAUGUCCCUCAGCCAGUUGUGAAGCGUCAAACCAAAGAGGCUCAAAGCCAGGGGCA